CCUGUGAGAUACAAUUCAGCCUCUUGAGAAUUGAAGGAAAAGUAUGAAACACAGAGAGACGAAAGAUACAUUGUAAAAAAAAUAAUAAAAAAUCUAGCAAUUUUUUGGGGGAAGAAUAGCUUCUCUUGGCAACCAUGAAUACACGCCACUGCGGAGCGAAUCUUGUAUGUAGGGCAGCGCAGGCAACGCCUCUUCAAAACAAAUUGUAUAUAGGCUGUAGUGUCGUGCAUAGUGUAGCCCUUGCUGGGAGGACUUGAGAACUGCAGUUCAUGAUCGCAAUGUCAGUUGUUUCUGUGGAAGUGCGGCAGUUGUUGCCAUGACAGCAUGUAGUUGGUAAAACUCCCCUAUGUGCCAUCAAUUAUUAGCAAUGUGCUACACAUUCAAACGCAUUGCUCUGGUCGUUUUUCAGCUGUCUUUCGCCUGUUUUGGAAUUAAAAGAACCGCAGUGACAGUGAACGUUUUGUGGAACGCCGCAUCGCGUUGCAACUUGCUGGUAGAACGAGGAACAUUUUGAAAAAGUAGCCGGCGCUGUCCGUGUUCGGAAAACCUAUUCAUGUAACGUUAAUCUUUCAUUCACGUAAUCUUUCCUGACCUGAUACACUGUUACCAGGACAGUAAGCGAAAGGGGAAAAGCUUUACAGUAGGUUUAAGGCUAUGGGAGUGACACUGCACUCACCCCAUUCUACAAACAUCCACAGUCUUGAUUAAAACGAAAUACAAUGGGGACGUCUGGAACUGAUGCAGUCGCAUUCUCAGGGGAGGAGGAAGAAGAGGAGGAAUACUAUGAAGUUGAGCAUCUGCCUCCACUCCUUGAAGAUGAGGAGAACGUGUCCCUGGCGGAUAUCCUGUCGUUGCGGGACAUCUGUCUGACGGAGCAGGAGGUGUGGGCGGUGUGUGUGGAGUGUGUCCUGGCCUUGCAGAGUAUCGCCUCAUCACCCCUGUUCCACACCCUGUGCAUCACGCCCGACACCCUGGCCUUUAACGCCCAUGGCAACGUGUGCUUCAUGGAGCAGCUCAGUGAUGACCCCGAGGGCUCGUUUAUACCUCCAGAGUUUGACAAGACUGGCAGUACCUUUGAGGGACAUGUGUACUCUCUGGGCUCCACCCUCUCUGCCGCGUUGGACUUUGUCAUUGAGCCAGAGCUGGAGGCAGAGCUGGGGGAGGAGAUUCAGAGACUGCUGGAGCAGAUGCAAGAGGAGGGGCCAGAGGACAGGCCACUCCCCCAGGACCUCCUCUCCCUUGCAGAGGAAAAGCUAGUAGAUACCUCUUCCACAGCCCUGUGCCGGAAACUCUCUUCUAUAGGACGAAGAGUUCUGUCAAUCGAAUCCGUCGCAACAUUUCAAGAUGGGUGGCGUGGCUCUUGGGAGGCUCGAUGGCAGCAGCCCAAACCCAACUGGCAGCUCCACAAGAGCAUCGACUCUGAGGACAGUAGCUCCAAAAACCAGGGCAUUGUCUCACAUACCACGGCAGAGAACCCGGACUUAAACGACUCCAACGGCCUGCAUCGGCAUCACGUAUGUGGAGCCUGGGACUCCACCCUUUGGGCUGACGGUAUGGGGGAUGUGGAAGAGAAUGGAUGUGUCAGAGGGGAGGACAUGUUUGGUUCUCAGUUGGAUAGCAGAUCUCAGAAUAGUUCUCCUGUACACAGGAGGGCUCAGGAGAGGGCUGGGAGGGUGAGGGGGGUUCUGAAUCGUUCCUGCUCCGUUCCAGACUCCAAUAAUCCCCCCGCAUUCCCGCCCGCGCCCCAUGGGGAUAUCAGUGUCAAUGUAUCGGACCUCACGGAGAUAGGAGCUGAGGAAUGCAUGGGGCACAGGUCUGUUUGGAGCACGAGAGGGGACCGAGAGAAGGCCCCUUAUGAGUGCAAUGACUCUGAGCAAUGGGACUCAGCGAGAGACAGUGAGACAUUCGAAGGGGAAAGAGAUUCUACCCUGCCCAUAUGUGGUGCUGAAACAGAUUCAGACAGUCAAAGUGGAACACGAGAUGAAACCUCUUCGUCCCGCCCAGCUCAAGACCCGGACAUGUUGGUCGACUCUGCUUGCAACAUGACUUCAACCUCAAACCUUUACACUCCCAAUAAUCACAUGACUAAAAGCAUGCUGUGCCUCAAUGAACAAUCUCAGGAUGAGUGGAUCUCUCUGAGGGAUCUACUCACACGGAGUGGGCAGAGACUGUCUGUGAAUGAGCUAUGGGCCCUGUGUCAUACCUGCCUCUCCACACUGCAGACCUACUUAGACUACCCAGCAUACCUGUGCCUGGAUACAAUGUACGUGGGUUGUGAGGGAGAAGUUCUCUUCUUGAAACCAAAAAACACAGGAUCCUGCGAUGCGUUUUAUCUGGCCCCUGAAUUCCAGGAGCAUGGAAUCGUAACUGAAAAGGCCUGUGUUUAUGGGGUGGCUGCCAUCCUAUGGGCCACGGCCAAGUUCAACCUGUCAGCCAAUCAGAAGCUGGCUAUGCCCAGGAAGUUGAAGAUGCUGCUGCUGGAGAUGGCCAAGAGGACGCCCAUCGAAAGACCUUCCAUUGUCGUAGCUAAAAAGAGCUGUCGGGAUUAUCUAUCACGCCUAGGAACGAACGCUGAGACAGUGUGGACGAAUCUGAUCAACAGAGUCCACCCGCCACUCACAAAGGACAUUGAUGCAGAGGAUCAGAAUGGAUUGGACAGUAGAGUAAACUCAAGUCAGGAAUCAACACGUAUCAAGAGUGGGUUUGUGCCCAUGGCCACUGAGAGCCGAUUGGCUCCUGUACCUGGCCCUGUUCCCCAUAGCUAUCCAAUUAACGGAGCCCCCCAGCUUCCAGAGGCCUUCACUUCCCUUGCCACACACUUCAACCCCAUCGUCCUGACCAGGGAGGGGGACACUGAGGAAACUCCCCUUCCUGCUUCAGACAUUGAGGAGACUAUAAGUGAAGUCACAAGAGGCAAUGACAUCGAGCCUGUGCAAGAGGCUAAGGACCGAGAAACCCCCUCACACCUUGAGGACCUACCCCUACCUCAGUCAGAUAGAGACCUACAGGACAACGGACAGGACAGCCCUGCCAAUCAAAGGAGCGUGGUCACACGCAACCUUUCCUCCACUGCCUCAAGCGGCAGGACAUUGGUCAACUCUCCACCUCCCACCUCCCCCAAACUCAGCAACCAGAGGACUCCCGUUUCCGACCACCCACUCCCUCCUUCGACCACCCAAUUGACUUUGUCUUCCUCUUGCCAAUCGUCAUCCUGCUCUCAUCUGACUGGUGGUGGUGUUUUCAACAACUUCCUAUUGCGUCAGGACCCUUUAACAGGGCACUUAACCCUGGUGCCAGUGCAGAUAACAGUCCCUGAGUCCCUCCAUGGUCUGGAGCUCAAUCUGCCCCUGACCUCAAGCUCCAGCUACCUCCAGGGUCAACCCACACAUCCACGGGGCCCUAGAGACCAUCUGACCCCUGGCCAGGGAGCUGAACCUCUUUUGGAAUGCCUUAAUGGCAGACCCUCGGGCCCCAAAGCGUCCAUGCCCCAUCCCCACAAUGGAGAAGGAGGUCCAAGGACAGGAGAAGGUGAGGGUGAACACCUAUCAGAGUCCCAUGGACCCCCUCAGGGAGACUCACUUCCUCCCCCCUCCCCCCUGAUGAACCCUUCCCUACAAGAGGUUAUUGGCCUACUCAGGGCAGAGUUUGCCUUUGAUGGCUAUCUGGAGAAUGGUGUAGAGGAUCUAGCAAUGGGGGAGUAUUUCCUGUCUCUGAAGGACCUACAGUACCAGACAUUCUGCAAUGUUGUGAAGGAGAAGUUAUGUGACCUUUACUGGGAUGAGGACUUAUUGGGAGUGCUACACUGUGUGGUCAACUACAGCCAAUUAUCUCUAAGCUCUAAUGAACAGUCUCCAUCAAAGCCAUGGCAAAGGGCAGCCACCUCACCCCUGAGUGCUACCAGCUGUAUAGCAGAGGAGAGGGAGCUGGAGAGAGUUGUUGUGGAAACAGGCACAGGAUUGAGAGCUGCUGAGUGUUUGGUUAAGGGGGCUAUGGAGAGUGCCGAGCAUCCAGUGGGGGGCGGCGAUGAAAGCCCCUCUGAAGCUGACUCUCUAUGGGGGACGGACGAGCCACUGAGGUGGGACCCCGAGGACCAGAUGAGCCCUGACUGCUGCGAGGACAUGGAGGACACAGAAUCUCUGGUGUCUCAUUGUCUCCUCUCCCCCAGCUCAGGAGCAGAGGUGUCCAGCCACAGCCCAGCCUGGGCCCUGGCCUUCUAUGGAGGGGACUGUUUUAGUCAGGAUGUGGUGGAAUAUGCUAGGAACUUGGGACAGCAUAGUGAGUCCCCGUGCCUGGAGCUGAAAACACAGGAGCUUCAACAGCAGCUUAUGAUCGAGACGAAGAGUCUGAAAAAGACCAGACAUUUCUACCAAAAGCUGCUCCAUCAAGAGAGAAAAAACAAACGUUCGGAUGCUAGAUUGAUGGUGUCCAAAGUCAAAGUCCAGCUUGAGGAGUUGAGGUCCAAAGUGGAGUUUCUAGACUCUAUAAAGAAAUAUCUGGAGGUUCUGAGUGUGGAUCAAUGGGGUGUGGAUGUGUCCCUCCUUCCCUCCCUGGCAGCCUCUGAUCCAGGGAGCCCUCUGGAUCUCCAGCCCUCAGAGGAGCCUGCCGUGUUGGGAUUGGUGUCUUUGUCUGGGGCAGGGACAGGGAAGAGCAGCCUGCAGGCCGCCACACCCCUGGAUUUCAUGUCCUACCUCUAUGCCAGAAAUGCUCCGUUGGAGGGUUACAUCCAACAGUUCCUGUACACUUACCGCUAUUUCUGUACCCCUCAAGAACUCCUUCAGUUCCUGAUGGGCAAAUUCACCAGUGCAGCAGCAGGAGGUGAUCCAGAUGUGUCAGGGGACAGUGCUAAGGUGUACCACCGGAGUCUGGACGUGCUGCAAACCUGGCUGACUGACUACAUAAUGGUGGACUUCAGCCCCAAGUCCAGCCUGCUGAUGACCCUGGAAAACUUCCUCACCACUGAAGUGUCUCCGUUAGACAGUAGAGGAGAGAGACUUUUGACCACUCUUCAGAGGUCUCCCAGGAAGAGGUGGAGCCAAGGCUGUGGGAGCCCAAUCAGCAUGCAGGAGGAUGAUGAUGAUGCACUGUCUGUCCAUACCUCAUGCAAAAAAUCAGCUAUUGAGUACUCUGGAAGGAAGAGCUUCCAGUGGAGGAUAUCCAGGGUGGUUGAGCCCCAGUCGACCCAGCCUAAAGACAAGGCCUACUCCAUAGCAGCAGCCCUGCCCCGGCCCUACUACACCUCGAUUAUGGAUGACAUCUCCAGUGCCUGCCUUAGAAGCGAGGAGAGACACCCCUUUAGUCAGAGUGAACACAGCGCCCAACACACGGCACGGCAACUCACUCUACUGCAGCAGGAAAUGUUUCAAGGCUGUCACCCAAUUCAUUUCCUCAACUCUAAAUCUCAAGGAGUCAGGGACAAAGCUGUUUGUGUCACCAAACAUGCGUCACACUCUGUUCCUCCAGUAGAGGGCAGCAGUCUAUUUGUUCAUGAAGGGACUCCACAGGACAGCCACCUCCAACAGCUACUGAGAUAUGCUGACAGCGUCUCCAAUUGGGUCUCUGCAGAAAUCGUCAUCUGUGAUUCGAUAAAGAUCCAAGCGGCUUUGCUCACCAAGUUUCUCCUAAUUGCCAAACACUGCUAUGAAUCAAGAGACUUUGCCACAGCAAUGCAGGUCCUUGGAGCCCUGGAGAAUGUGAUUGUCAUGCAAUUACCGGUUUGGAAACAUCUGUCUACCAAGGUGUGUGAGGUCCUUGAGGAUCUGCGAGCCGUGCAGGUCUUUCUGAAGAGUGAUAACCUGUGUCUGAUGGGAGGAGAGCAUGUGAGGAGGAGACCCACCCUCCCUGCUGUCCACAUCCUGGCCAUGCACAUCCAGCAGCUGGAGAUAGGAGCCUUCACUCUGACCAGUGGCGCCUACAAGUGGCCAAAACUCAGAACCAUAGCCAAGGUGGUGAGUCAGGUGCAUGCAUUCCAGGAGACGGUGUACUCCUUCACUCCUGACCUGGGGCUGCAGGCCUACAUCAGACUAAGAAUAGCCCACCUCAGUGGCUGUGACAUUCCCCUGCUGGCUGCAGACAACGAGGCCAACUUCCACCACAACCCCACUGACCGACACACCCGCAGGAUCCAGGACACACUGAAGAGGGUGAAGGCCACCUUCCAGUGACCCGCAUCCUUGCUAAUCUAGGAUCAAUUUGGUCUAUUAAGUCAUAAUGAAUAUGAUUAUAUGGACAGAGAGGACCUAUUCCUAGCCCAGGUCAGACAACUACUCAACAGACUUCGAACCCCCCACACCCCACUGGGUUCCUAUAGUAGCAGGGACUGGGUGGGUGUCUGGGAAAAACUGUUCAUUUUUCUCUGUUUAUUGGUAAUAUAUUUUUUUUGUAAGAAUCCAGCUCAACCUCCCACAUUGCACCCCAUAGCCUGACAACCCACAGCACACAUCCAACUCCUUGAUUCUCUCCUAAGCGGACUCCAAUGUCCAAUUUGUAAGUCGCUCUGGAUAAGAGCGUCUGCUAAAUGACUUAAAUGUAAAUGUAAGUGAAACUUUGAAUUGUUUUUUUAUUUUAUUUUUUAUAUUGGGAUGAGGAGAGUAGAAAACAGUAUGGGACUUUUAAAAAUCCUUCUGGUGGAGGCAUAUCGAUGCUCGCGUUUCUCUUACACGAAUUUUGAUUGCUCGUCUCCGAGACAACAUAAUGAUGCUAAUGUGCAACAAUGUUUCAUGAUGAGUUGACGUAAUGUCUUUAAAUCACUUUAAUUCACUAAGUGUACUAUGCUAAAUGAGAUAUUUUGAUACAACCACAGAUAGCUAAUGACCAUUUUCAUCCCUCCGGAGCACCAUUUUAAAUACAUUGACAACGGCUAUUUGACAUGAUAAUUACAGCAUUUCAAGAUACAAGAGAAAUAUCAAAAUCAUGAUGUAUUUUGCUAUUAUGACAAAAUGAUUUCAAAUACCUGAAUAAUUGCUAUAGUUCCACACACUAAGUGUUUUUUAAUUUUUUAAACAAACGUUAAUGUUGCAAUGUAACUACGGUGUAUAUAGGCUACAAAUUGUUGCAUAGUCAGACUUGCAAAGAUGAAAUUAGAUCAUUUUCUAAACAUGUGAUUUGCAAACUAAUUGAAACAACUGCAAUAAAUGUUUUAAUCGAUUGAGUUUGCUACACAUCUUGAGCAUGGUAUGCUACCUUCUUGUCCCUGGUUGAUUAAUGCUAAAACAUCAUGAAAUGUUCUGUCUUUCUUUCAGUCAAAAGAAAUAUAUCAACAUACAUGCAUGUGGCAUAACAAAAACAUAAACAUUGGCAUAAUCAUACUACCAUAUUUAGCACAUAGACAUCUUGUUAAGUUAAUUCUCGUUUUAAGUGAUGUACUGAAUAUGAGAAUUAAGUGUUGUAGUUAGAAUUAUUGUAUGUCUCCUAGCACUAUUUCAAAGUACGCAAAGUAAAUGAGCUUGUAAUCUUUCAUGUUUCAGAGUCUGAUGUAAAUGUGCUAAAUAUGUUAGUUUAUGCCAAAUGCCUCUUUUUUGGGGGUCUUUUCCCACAUAUGUUCAUAUAUUUUCUGACUGAAAGAAAAGUUCCGGAUUUUUAUAUAAUUCAUCAACCAGGGGACGAGAAUGUAGCCCACCAUGCUUAAAAUGAGAAGCAAACUCAAUCUAUGAAAAUAUGUAUUACUAAUAAAUCUUACUUGUGUUUUUGUAUGGAUUUAUAGCAACAACACAAACAAACAAAAACGACCUGAUCGCUGAGGAUCGGAGAGCAUGCGUCAGUGGCAGGCUCAUUGUGUGUGGAGAUGUUAUAGUUGUGCGUCCAAUUUGUCUCCGACUACUAAGGACGUUGCCACAGAGGCGAGGAAAUAUGCUCUGUAUGGAAGCGACUUCCCCCUGCGGCGUCCCGUGAGGACCGGACAGCUUCCAUUGUUAUCUGACGGGAUCAGGGCACCUCUUCAAAGCACUCGAGAUAAAGGGUCGUAAUUGGGAGGCUGAGAAGCAAUAGUCAGAUCAUCGAUAAAGGAGACAUUCAAUAUAUCCUGAUCUGCAUUGUCAUAGCUAAGCGAUAAUUUUAGGGGUAUUGUCCCGUAGCUGCUGGGGGUCUUCCAUCUGAAGAGACUGAAACCCGUGAAGGGCUUCGUAUACAGAGAGAAGGGACACCUGGCGACAUUGGCCUGGUUGGAUCAUUUGGGUUGACCAAAUUUCUUCAACUUCCCAUUUCUAGAUGUUUUUGACAUUCUUUCUGGCGAACAUCUGGCUGGAAUGCAAUUUUGGACAGGCCUCUUUGGGGAUAUUUUACGCAUGUGUAAGCAAUGCAAAACCACAUGUACUGUAGCCAUUGUAGGCGUUUUUCAGACUUCUUUAGAGCUUGCUCUCCAUUAUUUACAUUACAAUCAAACCUAAUUGUGUUGCUACUGUAAUACCUUUGAUCUGUAAUGUUUAAACCGACUGCGCCAAAUGCUGUCUGUUGGGCCAGUGGCGCCAGUGCUCACCGGGGUAUCGAAGAGGUGUUAAUGCUAAACCAUUAGAGUAGUAUUUUACUUGCCUUUGCUUUACAUUUGAUUUCAGUGUUGUGGAAGGGGCUUAGAAAGGAAUGAUGUAAAUGAUCAGACUGCAUUGUUGUGUAAAAUCAUUUAAAUAAUUAAUAUCAGAGUGGGCAAAUAUAAAGGAUUAUAAAAUAUCAUUCCAUUCCCAUAAAAUCAUAGAGGCCACAGUGAUUGCAUGAAAUGUAUGUGUACGAUCCCACGACCGUCUUUAAACGUUUCAAUCAGGUGGGGUGCAGAACUCCACCACUUUCGGUUUAGUUUAAUAAAAGAUAUUGUUGCAAAAGCGUUA